AUGCUUUAUUCACCGGCAUCAUUUGCCAGAAGUAUUGCUCUUCUACCAGGCAUGGGGAAGGUACUCUCGAUGAUCGCUCAAAAAACGAUGUUCAUCUCAUGGAGCAGCAACCACAUGGGACAUAAUGAUAAACCCAAAAAGAUGCAAUCAGCAGAUAUUGAUUAUAGACAUACUAAACAAGGUGCCCUGGUAAUGCAGACCGAAUAUAAAGGAGAUGUGAAACAUGAAUUAGAUGAGGAACAAUCAGAAGCUAUAUCUCAUGUAGCAUUUGACCCUAGUCAAAACUCUAUAGCUUACAUAGGGACACAAGUAGAACAGCUUGUAGGGGGAUCACAGAUGACAUUACCCAAAAGUUUAGAAGAAGUAGCCGCUCAGGCAUCAAAAGAUAAAACAACUACGUCAGUUCAAGUGACUGACGCAUCAUCUGAUACAGUAAAAGGACAUUCGAGUGAUACAAGUCGUUCAAGAGAAGAAAUGAAAGGUCCUUCGGCUUCCGCUGAAAUGCUUAUGGCAGAAAGGAACCGUUGA